UCAGAGCUGACUGAGCCAGAGCGGCUGUCAACUCUAACCUAGCUCAACUGAUCGGUUGCCGCCGCCGCCGCCUCCAGAUUCCAGAGGGGAAGAACGAGAAGCUCAGAGAACAGACAUGGACGUGAAUUUCGCUCCUCUCCGUGCCUGGGACGAUUUCUUCCCUGGCUCUGACCGUUUUGCUCGGCCGGACUUCAGGGACAUUUCCAAAUGGAACAACCGCGUGGUGAGCAACCUGCUCUAUUAUCAGACCAACUACCUGGUGGUGGCUGCCAUGAUGAUUUCCGUUGUGGGGUUCCUGAGUCCCUUCAACAUGAUCCUUGGCGGCAUUGUAGUGGUGCUGGUGUUCACAGGGUUCGUGUGGGCAGCCCACAACAAAGACAUCCUGCGCCGGAUGAAGAAGCAGUACCCCACAGCGUUUGUCAUGGCGGUCAUGUUGGCCAGCUACUUCCUCAUAUCCAUGUUCGGGGGGGUCAUGGUCUUUGUGUUUGGCAUCACUUUUCCUCUGUUGCUGAUGUUCAUCCACGCGUCGUUGAGACUUCGGAACCUCAAGAACAAACUGGAGAAUAAAAUGGAGGGAAUAGGCUUGAAGAGGACACCAAUGGGCAUUGUCCUAGACGCCCUAGAACAGCAGGAAGAAAACGUCUCCAAAUUUGCUGAUUAUAUCAGCAAAGUGAAGGAAUAAAUAGAGUGACCUGGUGACAGGGCUGCAGCAGACAUCCAGGCACGGUUUGUCCUUAUGCAGACCUACUUCCCAUCUGUGUUCUUGAAAUAGGAGGUGCCUGCACCACCCAGCUAUCUCUGGCAGCAUGCAUGUAUAGGUCCACCUGUUCACAUCUCUGAUGUGACAGAGAAGCCCUCAGAGACCGAAAGAGAUGACCCUCCUAUUAUGCCUGAAGUUUCAAGUGUGUUUAUGCAACUGUUAGAAAGUGGAUCACACUUAUUUCUUUAGAGAAAUAAAAGAAAAAGAAUUACGGAUUGUACAGCAACAGCCCUGUUAACUUGUAGGAAAAAAAA